AUGAAGUUGCUAGCAAAGGGUGAUGCAGACACUGUGAUUGGGAUCAUGAUGACGAGUAAGGCAAGGGAUCUAGACUUUUUCUUUGAGCACACUGUUGACGCAGAAGGCAAGCUGAAGAACAUGUUCUGGUGUGAUUCUCAGUCACGUCGGGAUUACCUUGACUUCGGUGAUGUAACCGUCUUUGACAUCACUUAUAAGAUGAAUAGGUACGGAAUGCCAUUCAUACCUUUUGUUGGUCUAACCAAUCAUCGUUGCACCACUGUGUUCGGUUGUGCUGUUGUGUCAGAUGAGACCGAGGAUACAUAUGUUUGGGUGUUGCAGACCUUCUUGAGAGCUCACUAUCAGAAGAAGCUGAGGUCUGUAAUUACUGACAGAGACGCAACCAUGAUAAGGGCCAUCAGGAAGGUCCUUACUGACGUGUGGCAUCGACUUUGUUCGUGGCAUAUAGAGAAGAGCAUGCAGAAACACCUCCACCACAAGUCCCUUAAGGAUUUCAGGUCUCUUAUUUACUAUGCUACUAAACAUGAUGAGUUUGAGGCGAGAUGGGCAGCUUUUAAAGCUAAAUGGGAGUCGGGGAAAACUGAAACAUGGUUGCGUAGGAUGUACAGGAAGAAAAGGCUUUGGGCUGCGUCAUAUCUCACCGGUGGGUUCCUCCUUGUUAUGCGGAAUAACCAGAGGAGCGAGAGUCUAAACUCUUGCCUUCAUCUACAUCUUGACUCUGGCAUGACAAUUGUUGAUAUGGUUGUGCAUUAUGAGAACUGCAUUGUUCGGCUCCGUGAGAACGAGUCAUACGACGACUGCAUGGCCACACAGACACUCCCUGUACCAGUACUUGACGAGUUCAAAUGCAUUGAGAAAUCCGCUGCCCGUGACUUCACUGGGGUGAACUUUUACCUCUUGCAGAAAGAAAUGAAGAAGGCAGCGGAUCUUGAGAUCAUAGAUAGACUCAGUGGAGCCGUCAGUCAGAGAUUCAUAGUGGCAUGGAAAAAUAACAGGCAACUGAGAUUCAAAGUGGACUAUACACCUACUAACUCAGAAGAAACAGUGAAGUGUAGUUGUGAUAGUAUGAAACGUAAAGGUCUCCCAUGCAAGCAUGUUCUUUAUGUUUUGGCCAGAUUGAACAUGAAGGACUUACCUAAGUGCUUAGUGCUGCGAAGAUUCACCAAGAAUGCUAGAGGUGGACUACCCGUGAAGUGCACUAGCGAUCUCUUCGCAUGGGGAUGGGCAGGUACUGAGGAUAGAACUAAGUACAGUGAGUUGACUAUUUUGUCUGCGGAAGCAUCUCAUGCGGCAUGUCAUAGACCAUUUCUAUUUGACAAACUCAAGGCUGCUCUCGAGGAUGUGAUAGCAAACAACGACGUUGAGGAGGAAGAUUGUGUGAGAUAG